AUGAUCAAGGUUAACCGCUUUGUGCUCGUGACUUGCAAUGGCGGUCUGCAUUCUUCGCAUAUACUCAUGCAGAACGACGUACCUUUUCUAGCCAUCGGCUAUGGACCUGGAACCUCCCCCAGUGAUCCUGCGACCAGGGAUUUCCGGGGUUAUGCCAUACAUGUCACCAUAGGGAACAGCAAGGAUGAUUGGCAACGGUAUCUAGCACCUUCACAGUUCGUGAUGCCAUGUAACAUUAUCAUGCUUUUUCGAGACCUUGAACUCAUACGCCAAGCUAUCAUGCGAGGAGAUGAUCUCCUGGAGGAUGGCAUAGACGUUGUGCUGAUAAGCAUUGAGCUUGGGCCGGCCGCUAUAGUUCCACUGUAUCAAACAGAAGCCCCAACGACAUACUUCUCCUCCACUAAAGUACAAAAGGAGCUACUGGAACCCUUCCGCCGAAGAAUCCGUGACGGAUCAAACGUCGACAUUAGUGGCAUAGUCGACGAAUCCCUGGUUCAGUCAGCCCUAAAGGACCUUGCACGAGACAAAUUUGACGACCUCGACGACUUGAUCGAGUCAUGGAGAGCGCGUGUGGCACAAGGUACAAAAUUGUGCGAGCGAGGACACCCUGAUGGUAUGGCGCAUUGGCUCAAAGUCAUUAAGGAAAUCAUGAUAGCGGUCGAUGGGCCCAUGUGGACCCGCGUCGUUGAAAAAGGCGGCUCUCCGUUCGUAGGAAAGGUCGCAGAGCUUUACUACACCACUAACUUCCACAUCGUGGCUUAUUUCCUCCUGCGGCUCGAAGAAGGAGGUCGCGAUGCCAUAGCUAGCAUCCGAUAUGCAUACGAGAACGUGAAACGUGGUGAGGAGGCAGAAUACUGGGGAAUUGAGCACUCAUGGAAACUAUCCCCGGCACAACAUAUGGACAAGAUAUUCUAUUAUGCAAAGUUCUGUAGGUUAUGGGGAGUGCCGACCCUGAUUCCGGCGGCAGUCCACUGGAUCGAUCAACUGGUUCAUUUGUUCCCGAGCAACCCCGAAUUUCUGGACGAAAAACGGAAGAUUGAAGCAUGGAAGCGGAGUGCAGGUCCCGUCGGCGAGAGUGUCUUCAACGCUAUGAUGAACGGGCUUGAACUAUAA